GGACUCUCGUGUCUAGCGCCGGAUGGUCCCGCCCAUCGAGCCCCCGCAUAAAGCGCACAACAUCGGUCUGACCACUGUCGUUGGCUUUGGUAGUAUCCAGAUCCAUGGUUCCGAUCGUGAAACUAUCGCGAGAUAAGGUUGCAAUCGUUCGACUGGGGAAGCUGGCAGCGGUUCGGUUCCAUCUUGUUCUCAGCCUCACCCGGGCGCAUACUUUAGCGCUGCGGCUGAGGAGGGGUAAUCAGGUCAUCGCCCGACACCAACGCACCUCCUUUUGAUUUUCCCACCUCCACCGCUCCUGCUGUUGUCAAGCCUCGCUUCGGGAUGUCGCCCAAAGCUAUUUCUGUACCAGUCCCGCGUUCACCUUCACCUCCAAAAUCUCCCCGAGCCCCCAAUAUUAUCGACGAGGCAGAUCUUGGAGACGCCGAGGAUGCGGGGCAAUUCCCCACGGAUAGCAUCCCGGCAGAGAGGAUCCAAGAGUCAGAUGAAACCCCCAUGCCUCCAGAUUCAGAGGCUCCGGAAGAAGAGGACUCAGAGUCGAUAACCUCAGAUUCGACAAGGGAUGGGAAGUUCCGACGUCCUCGUUCACGUGCAGCAAAAAUUCCCAAGGGAGCAGCAUUGAGGCGCAAACGAGAUAAGUACUACGCCGCAUCGGAUGUAUCAUAUGAGGAGUAUGAGGAGUAUCAGAAGAGGCCCCUCAAGCCCCGUGUCAAGCGCCUAGUCGCAGGCCAUCUUGCGCAAAUAGAACGGGACACUGCCAGCUCCAUCGACGUCUAUUACCAGAGUGCGGUGCCUGACGCCGUGGUUAAUGCUGCCUCGAGCACGGACAAAUCUUCGGUAGGACGUACGAAUGGGCUGCGGCAGCACGUCGACUGCCCUUGGGCGGUUCAAAUCAAUUCUCCAUCCGUGAUCGAGCGGUUGGCAGAAGUCUUGGGCGUGGCUGUGGCAACUUUCCCGGACCCUCUGAUAAUAACACACCCUUUCAAAAUAUUGGUAGCUUACGCAGAGAUAUCGCUACCUAAACCUAGUCCUCCGGCUCCAGCUCCAGCUCCAGCUCAAAUUCCAACUUCUAGUUAUCCGAAUGGCCAUAACCAGAUCCAGUCCUUUAGAGAAGAGCGUGGAAACCCCGCCGACCAUCUUCGCUGCUUACAAGAGAUUCUGGCGAUCGAUUUUCAACCUCUGAUCUUGCUACGACAAUCAUUACGCGACGCCUCACUGACGAAAAUAUCCUUUGACGACCUCUGGCAUGUCUUCCACCCGGGAGAUCUGGUUUUGUCCAAGAAUGACGGUCAUGAGCAGCUUUAUAGGGUCCUCGAAGCUCGGCAGGGCAUUGGUCCGGCUCUUGCACCACCAGCGCGUGCUCCCAGACGCCCUGCAAGAGCACUCUCCGAAUCAGAUUAUUCUGGAGGCUCAGAUAGCGAAGGCGAGGAUCCCGAUUAUAACGCCUUUUAUGUGUCCUGCGUGCAUCUAGGCUUUGACGGGACGUCUAUCGGGCCCGCUUCAGCACGAGUUCCGAUUCACUACUUCCCAGGAGAGAAAGAUAUAAUCGCCCUCAAUAUAUUCCCUGUCAAGUUUCUCUCACUUGGCCAAAACAUUCAAAAUCGGAUGGCUGCGAGAGGGAAACGUUAUCUUGCCUGUCAAGGCCACAUGAGGUGUGACGGCACCGCAUACCGUCCCUCCUGGACAAAGCCUACCCCAUCGGAGCUCCAGGGAGAGAUAUACAUUGAUGUCAAAACAGGGUACCGGGCUAUUGGGGCGAAAUACAAGCCAACGGUUACAAGGGCUCGCAUUGAAGAACUCUUUGAUCGCCGCGAUAAUGUGCCCGUGUAUGAUUACAGCCGAUCUUCACGUCCGGCCCGGGAGUCUUCACGCCGCUCCCGGGAGCCAGAAAGAACAGACCACGCUUUUGUCGAUAAGGUACUUGCGCUCCAGGCAAUGGAUGCGCAUUCAGAGUCUCUUAAUACCAUCCCCUUCGAGGAGGCAGCAGGCUUGUCUCCAGAGCUUUGUCAGCUCCUGCCGUCUCAUAUUCUAGCCUACGCUUUCCAGGCUCGCAAAUGGUAUUUCGUCGACGUCGAGUGUGUUCAAGCGAUUGACAAAAGUGAUUCGGCUCUCCAGAACAGCUUUGAUGACCUUGUAAUUCCCGAAAACUACCGUGACCUCUUGAUUGCACUAGUCCAGAGCCACACAUCGGAAAACAGACAGAAAACCUCAAUGGACCUCGUGCAGGGCAAGGGUCGCGGGUUGUUUAUCCUCCUCCAUGGGCCCCCAGGCGUGGGAAAGACAAGCACAGCCGAGUUGAUCGCCCUGUACACGAAGAGGCCGCUCUACUCCAUCACCUGCGGCGACAUCGGCCUCACGCCGCGCCAGAUCGAGACCAAAUUGAGCAAACACUUUGCGCUGGCAAAUAAAUGGGGCUGCGUGCUGUUGCUGGACGAGGCUGACGUGUUUCUGAUGAAGCGCGACUGGCGCGACAUGAACCGAAACGCACUGGUGUCUGUUUUCCUCCGCGUCCUCGAGUACUACUCGGGAAUCCUCUUCCUGACGACGAAUCGCAUCGGCGUCAUAGAUGAGGCUUUCAAGUCCCGCGUCCAUAUUUGUCUCAGGUAUCCGACCAUCAGCAUCGAGUCGACUCGGUCAAUUUGGGAGAACCAGCUCAACCGGAUUGCUCGAGAAAACGCAGAAAAAAAGGUCAAGAUAGUGUUCAACAAAGCCGAGUUAUUCGGGUUCGCAGAUAAGCACUAUAAGCUCCACGCAGCCUCAGGGACGACCUGGAACGGCCGACAGAUCCGCAACGCCUUCCAAACAGCCAUCGCGUUGGGGCAGCACGAUCGGACCAUCAAACUCCGCGAGAACGGGAUGACAGAAGAAGACGCCGAAGCAUCAGGAAAAGAAAAAUACAUGACGAUCAAAUUGACCCGCGGGAACUUCAGGAAGAUCGCCAAGACAGCCAAGGACUUUGAAGACUACAUGGUCAGUGUCCGGGGGUCGGAUACCGUGCUGGCGCAGGAGGAGGCUCUGCGAGAUGACGGAUUCGAUCCAGAUAAUAUGGUCCCAGCACAGAAGGACUACCGUGGCUUGCUGUCUGUGUCUGUGUCUGGUGCUCGUCGUUCGCGGUCUGGAAAUAGUCCCCCUCAUGGUCCUGCUGGUGGGAGUUUAUAUGCUCAUGACAACAAAGGAAAGAAGGUGGACUCGGAUUCUAGUGAAAGUGACUCGGACGAUGAUUAUUGAGUUCACUGUAUAUAUUGGACAUUGCCUUCAAUAGCUUCAAUACCAGAAAUUCCUGUUUCUCACUUGCAUAGACCGAUGCUUGCGCAGUAGCAUCACACCGAACAUCUCAUGACGACCAGGAAUCGAGAUGACCGAGAUGACCGAGACGAAUAUGACCUAAAAGUGAGCUGAGAGUGAAACUUUCGCUGCACUUAAAAUGAGACAUACUCAACCGCAAGAGACACGGAAAGCCUGCUGAGAUAUUCCGUAAGGCUCGAUGGUACUGCUAUCCACAUCCAUGUCCAACAUCAUCCCUCAAGCCCUAAGCACUGUCCGGGUCCGAGUAGUUUGAGUAUCCAGUGAACCCCAUUAUAGGUGGUGGACGGACCGGAUAGGAAAGAAGGGUCUCGCUUGCUCCUGGUGACUACGGACAGCGGUCGCUCCUUCCCUUUAUACGGUGAAUUGUUUAUAGCUAUCCCACAAGGAAGCUGUGACCUGCACCUUCCUCGCAAACGCUCAAGGAUCCAUAAGGAAACAGACCUCGGACAUCCUAGCCCAGCCCAUAUUUACGGGUAGUACCACUAGGUAAAGAGACCACGUCCCGAAGCAUCGGGGGCAGAUUCUUUGCGCUGAAUAUUUGCCGGCUCCAUCAGACUCCAGGCUCUCGCGAAACGCCAGGGAGUUCCUGUUCUUCACCUAGUUCGCCCACCUCAUAGCACAUCUCUUCGGAGCAUCGGAAUAAACUUGGUCAAUGAGACUGCGUAGCUGCAAGGCCAUGCACUCUCGAGCUAUCGCCACCCAUCACAGUAGGAGACAAUUAGUACCUCAGGUAGAACCCGGAGUAUCAGGCAUGUCUGAAUGCCACUCUUCGCAGCCCGACGCAAGGGCAGUAGUGUAGGCAAACGGAUAAGAGAGGUAUACGACGAGGUGAGCAAUCCAAGGUCCAAGGGAUGGCAGGCAUUCCAGCGAAACCUCUUGCCGUCCCUCACCGCGUCUUCUUCCCCGGCGAAUCACUUGUGGGAGCUGCUUAUGGAUAAGCCAUCACAUCGCCACGCCCUGCAUUGUAGUGCGUCCCUUGCAGAGCGCAUAUACGAGAUCUGGUGUCCACGUAGCAUUGGGUUAGGUGGAGGAGGUAAUUGGCAGUAUUCUCCAACUAAGAAUGUGUGCUUCGCCUUGGCAGUCAGUAGUGUGAGGCACCUGGCCCCUGGUAUGCGGGGAGAAAGUCUGGGGUUGGAGAUCUGUUGGUGUGAUUGGAUCGCCAGGAAUACGAAGUGCAUGUGGAUAUGGAGAUCGUAGGAUAUGGAUAUGCCAUAGCGAGAGUCAGUUUGAGCUGAUCAUCUCUGUCGAAGAGAGGGUUCACUUGGUGGAGGGUCUUUGGUUGUCUGGAGUAUAGUAGUAGUAUUAGUGAAGGGCUGGGGUAUAAAUAGGAUGAUCCAGUCUGUUGUCGUUGAUGGAUCAUCAUCAGUGAGAAUCGUCCUCUUCAAGAACAUAUCAUUCCUCCAUCACCACCGCUCCUGAAUCAAGCCUGAACCCAAUCAAGAAAAAUGAAGUACCUCGCCGCCAUCGUCGCUGUUCUCAGGUAGGUCGUACCAACCUCUUCUUCAGCCGACACAGCCAGCCAGCUAACAAGGAAUGAUAGCCUUUGCGUCUCCGGUUAGUCUAUAGGAACACUCCAUUCAGUGGUGACUUGGUCGAGGUUCUGACUGGUAGUUCCAGACACUCUCGCGAUUUCCUGUGGCGCUCAGGGCUCCUCCAGGGGCGUUCGUUGCGUCGCGAUAGACCAGCCGUGCCCUGCAGGUUUCCGUCCUGUUUUCUAUGACGAUCCCGCGCCGUGCUAUAACAACCAGCGCUGCUGCAUUUAGGGCAAUUGCGCAUAGGCCGAGAUCCGUGUGCCUGUGGAUUCAGUGGAUUGCGGGGAGUUGUUUUCUUUGGACAAGUUGACGCGUGGGGGGAUAAUAUGCGGCUCUCGGUGCUCCGUAUGGUAGUCAGGCAGGGGUCUCGAUAGCAAUUCAAUGAAUAGCACAUUUUGGCAAUUUUCUCCUCGAAAUAAAUCCAGUUCGUAUACAUACGUAUCGGUAAACUCGGUAUCCCCGGUUGGCGUCGGCCACAUCACCAUGCAUACGGAGUACAGCUGAGCCACAUCAGCCACAGCCAGCGAUUAGCGCGAGGUAAUCCUGGAUCAACGGUGCAUUAGCCUGGGCAGAGCAGCGCCCAGAGUCGUGGAAAUGGCGCAUUUUUGACAGCUGGUCGAUUCUCGAAACUCCACAUGUGAUGAGGAUUGCAGCGCAGAUCGCCACCCAACGUUGACGAACACUACACUGCAGCUGCAUACUCAAGACUACCGCGGAGUAUACAGUCCAGGUCCAGCUUCUGUGUUUGAAGCCAUCAGGAAGGAAUUGUCGGAGUCCGACUUUGCAGGGGACAAUUCCUCUCUGCCGUUGCGUAUUGGCGGGCGAGAGCGAUGGGGGGCAUCUGACCAGUUCGCGAACCUGUAUCGAGAGUCAUUGGGGUUCGCGCGCUCCAUUUACGCUGCAGGAUGAUCCGGCAAUGAGUUUGUCGAGGUGCAGCGAACGGUGAGAACGCGGAGUAAUUUAUGACUCCGAUGGGUAUCGAGCACGGCUUUAUACCCGAAUCCAUGGAUCUUUUCAGCAGACUAGGACGCAGACAGUUAGCUGGAGAAGACUCGACCAAGAUCAGACCAUUGCAGGAAAUCAGAUGAGCUCGUUGGAGCCGUUGAACAGAG